AUGGCGCGUCUCACUUUGGUACGUCUCUCAGUAUUUGUUGCCGUUGCGUCCGGUAGCAAAGCUGCUGUCCCAGCGGCCUUGGUCAAACCUGAAGUGGAAGUUUUCAUCACCAAGAUUGCAGUUCCCUUUGGGAACAAAGCUGCCCCGCAACGAGGCUACCCUAAUGGCAACCCUCUGUCGCCGUUCUCCUGUGUGAAGAGGGACGAUAUGACUCUUACCUGGGACGCCGCCAAAGCGCAUGGCCUCAUUCAACUGGGGAGACUCAAUGGAUCCAGAACGGAAUCCCCGUACCUUAGCUUGUCCGAUAUGCAGGGUUCCGAAGGCACCCCUGAAGGUUCUGGCAAUGGAUGGAGCGUCUAUGAGUUCACCGACCUAUUAGCCGGCAUAGAUGACUACAAGUCGGUAUUCGAGGACUUAGAGAUCUCUCAAGGCAACCAGAACCACUACAGAUAUGAUUUCUUGUAA